UCUGAAUCACUGGACUGUUGCUAUCAAAGUGUGGAGCAGGGAGGCAGAGUCAGUGGAGUUCCUUCCUCGAGCCAAAUACAGAGUUAUUGGAUGGGAUCAACAUGAGCAGCAUUAUGGAUGGAUUUAUGUCAUUCUGUUGAGAUAUUUACAUACUCUUUGUUGGGUUGCUCAGCCGAUGUGUCCUGUCAUGUCCUGGCUGUUCUGCUUGUGCCUCUGGGUCAGUGUGGCUGCCAUUCAGCUGUGUCAGGCCACUUUCUACGACACCAUCCAACAGCAUCAUGGGACAAGGCCUGGACGAACCACCAUUCACAUGAUCGAGGGGGGCACAUGUGAGGUAAUUGCUGCCCACAGAUGCUGUAAUAAGAAUCGUAUUGAGGAGCGGUCUCAGACAGUCAAGUGUUCUUGUCUGCCAGGGAAGGUGGCUGGAACCACCAGAAACAGACCUUCAUGUGUUGAUGCAUCCAUAGUAAUUGGGAAGUGGUGGUGUGAGAUGGAGCCUUGCCUGGAGGGGGAGGAAUGCAAGACGCUCCCUGACAACUCAGGCUGGAUGUGCUACGCCGGCAACAAGAUCAAAACCACAAGGAAUACUCAGCCAUACACAACAUCAACAUACUAACACUAUUUGGAGAGGAUGCAAGGGAAUGCUUCUGGUGCAAGGGUUAAUUUGCAGCACUGUCACAGGACCAAGUACAACAAAGACACUGAACCUAUUGUUGCUUUAAGAAACCUGAACACUUCUCAGAUUAAAGUGUAAAAAGAUGUAGAAUACAUAAAGCACAUCCUGCUCAAGGCUUCUGAAAAUACUGAUGCUCCAAGCUGCCUGCAGGGAACUUCAUCAUAACCUUGUAAUGAAUAUAUAUUCAUCAUUUCUUUCUACCUUUGAGAUGGAACAUGAAUUUCUGCAUUCGGAUUAAUAUCUGGAUAGCAUCUGAUGUCCCUCUUCAGACAUCAGUGAGACAGAUGUCUACUAGGAAGCACCAAACAGGAAAGGAAUACAUCAAAGGACAAGGGAUGAGCAAGAACAGUAGUUGACAGCCCUCAGGAUUUUAUUUUCUCUUUUUAGUGUUCUAAGGGGAAAAAUGUUGUACAUAAAUUGUUUGUCAUUUCUUGUGUACACAAACUUUAUUUAUGGUGGUGGUGAAUAUUGAUCAGUCGAGUCCCUGAAUGCGGUCUCGAUCUUCCCUCUUCUUACACACAAAACCCAACACAGCCAAAGUUUUGUCCAGUUCAAGGAUUGUGAUGUGAAGACAUAACAGAUGCAUCGUGAGGGAGAUGUUCCACAAACCGAGCUUGUGUGUCUUGAUACUGUUCAUUUUACCACUUGUUUGUAUGGUACUAGCCUUUGAUCACCUCUUUAAUGACUUUACCAGUCAAACUUGGUAACGUGUCAGCCACCCUGAAACUGAUUGAUUCACCAAACUUGGUACCAGUAGGUUGUUUUCUAUACUUGAAAUGCCUUAUUUGUGUCAAAUCAUUCAGAUGAUGAUGAUAUUGUACAUAUGGAGCCA